UACCGGAACACAUUUCAUCUGGGGAGAGGGUCUUUUUGACCCCACAAGUCGUUGAGCAAAAGGCUGAAAAAGAAGCAUCGAGGGAGUUAGAUUAAGUGAGGUGCGCCCAAGCCCCAUCAUGGAAGAAAGCUUCCGAGACCGGGCAGCGUUCAUCCGUGGGGCCAAAGACAUUGCCAAGGAGGUCAAGAAGCACGCGGCCAAGAAGGUGGUGAAAGGCUUGGACAGGGUCCAGGAUGAGUAUUCGCGAAGGUCUUACUCCCGAUUCGAGGAAGAAGAUGAUGAUGACUACCCUGCCCCUGCUGAUGGCUAUUACCGCGGAGAAGGGGCACAGGAUGAGGAGGAGGGUGGUGCCUCUAGUGAUGCUACCGAGGGCCACGAUGAAGACGAUGAGAUCUACGAGGGGGAAUAUCAGGGCAUUCCCCGGGCAGAAUCUGGGGGCAAAGGCGAACGGAUGGCAGACGGGGCACCCCUGGCUGGAGUGAGAGGGGGCUUGAGUGAUGGGGAGGGUCCUCCUGGGGGUCGGGGGGAGGCACAGCGGCGGAAAGAUCGGGAAGAAUUGGCUCAGCAGUAUGAAACCAUCCUCCGGGAGUGUGGCCAUGGCCGCUUCCAGUGGACACUCUACUUCGUGCUGGGUCUGGCGCUGAUGGCAGAUGGUGUAGAGAUCUUUGUGGUGGGCUUUGUGCUGCCCAGUGCUGAGAAAGAUAUGUGCCUGUCUGACUCCAACAAAGGCAUGCUAGGCCUCAUUGUGUACCUGGGCAUGAUGGUGGGAGCCUUCCUCUGGGGAGGCCUGGCUGAUCGGCUGGGUCGGAGACAGUGUCUGCUCAUCUCGCUCUCAGUCAAUAGUGUCUUCGCCUUCUUCUCAUCUUUCGUCCAGGGUUAUGGCACGUUCCUCUUCUGCCGCCUCCUUUCUGGGGUUGGGAUUGGUGGUUCCAUCCCCAUUGUCUUCUCCUAUUUUUCGGAGUUUCUGGCUCAGGAGAAACGUGGGGAGCACCUGAGCUGGCUCUGUAUGUUCUGGAUGAUUGGUGGAGUGUAUGCAGCCGCAAUGGCCUGGGCCAUCAUUCCCCACUAUGGGUGGAGUUUCCAGAUGGGCUCAGCUUACCAGUUCCACAGCUGGAGGGUCUUUGUCCUCGUCUGUGCCUUUCCCUCUGUGUUUGCCAUCGGGGCUCUGACUACGCAGCCAGAGAGUCCCCGCUUCUUCCUAGAGAAUGGGAAGCAUGAUGAAGCCUGGAUGGUGCUGAAGCAGGUCCAUGACACCAACAUGCGAGCCAAGGGUCACCCUGAGCGAGUCUUCUCCGUAACCCACAUUAAAACAAUUCAUCAGGAGGAUGAGUUGAUUGAGAUCCAGUCUGACACAGGGACCUGGUACCAGCGCUGGGGAGUCCGGGCUUUGAGCCUGGGGGGUCAGGUUUGGGGGAAUUUCCUCUCCUGCUUCAGUCCAGAAUAUCGACGCAUCACUCUGAUGAUGAUGGGCGUAUGGUUCACCAUGUCAUUCAGCUACUACGGCUUGACUGUCUGGUUCCCUGACAUGAUCCGCCACCUCCAGGCUGUGGACUAUGCCGCCAGAACCAAAGUGUUUCCGGGGGAGCGCGUAGAGCAUGUGACAUUUAACUUCACACUGGAGAAUCAGAUCCACCGAGGGGGGCAGUACUUCAAUGACAAGUUCAUCGGGCUCCGUCUGAAGUCAGUGUCCUUUGAGGAUUCGCUGUUUGAGGAGUGUUACUUCGAAGAUGUCACAUCCAGCAACACAUUCUUCCGUAACUGCACAUUCAUCAACACGGUGUUCUAUAAUACUGAUCUGUUUGAGUACAAGUUUGUGAACAGCCGUCUGGUGAACAGUACGUUUCUACACAAUAAGGAAGGCUGCCCAUUAGAUGUGACAGGGACUGGGGAAGGUGCCUACAUGGUGUACUUUGUCAGCUUCUUGGGGACAUUGGCUGUGCUUCCUGGUAAUAUCGUGUCCGCCCUGCUCAUGGACAAGAUCGGCAGGCUCAGAAUGCUUGCUGGUUCCAGUGUCAUGUCCUGCGUUUCCUGCUUCUUCCUGUCUUUUGGGAACAGCGAGUCUGCCAUGAUCGCUCUGCUCUGCCUUUUUGGGGGGGUCAGCAUUGCAUCCUGGAACGCACUGGACGUGCUGACGGUUGAGCUCUACCCUUCGGACAAGAGGACCACGGCCUUUGGCUUCCUGAAUGCCCUGUGUAAGCUGGCGGCAGUGCUGGGAAUCAGCAUCUUCACAUCCUUUGUGGGCAUCACCAAGGCUGCUCCCAUCCUCUUUGCCUCAGCUGCCCUUGCCCUCGGUAGCUCUCUGGCCCUGAAGCUGCCUGAGACCCGGGGGCAGGUGCUGCAGUGAGGAGGGGGUCUCGGGGCUUUAGGGAUGGGUGGCAGGCACACUGUGAGACCAAUAAUUCCUUUGAUCCCUUCCCUGCCCUGCCGUCCUGGCUCUCACUCCCCUGUGUUUGGUGUCUUAGUUGUGUGUGCCUGUAUGCAUGUGUGUGACCCCGAUGGGCAGGGACUAUAGGGAUGGUCUCUUCAUCCCACUUGUGGGACGAGGCACUCCCUACCUGCUGCCACCCUCAACUUUGCACAGGGGAAGGUUGAGAUGCAUCCUUCUCUCCCCCAGUGUUAUUGGGGGCCCUUGUUUCCCUGCUCCAGGGUUCCAGAACUUCUGCCUUCCCUUCAUUCCCUCUGCCUAGGCCCUGAUGAACCACAGGUAUGGAGUUAUAUUGGGGGCUGAGGCUUGGACCAAAAGAACUUACUGAGUGGAAAGGGCCUUGGGUGUCCUCUAACCUCCCAAGGAUGCUGGGGAGUAGCAAUAAACCUCAGCCCUCUGGCCUC